AUGACAGCUUCUACCCCAAUAUGUGUUGAGGCUUUACAUUCCAAACUUCAAGGACACCCUGAUCAGCAAUUUGUUAAUAAGUUAAUGCAUGGUCUAACUCACGGCUUUGACACUGGUCUACAACACCUUCCUAUUAACUCCAUAGUGUGUAAAAACUUGAGGUCAGCUAUCAGUGACCCAGGAAGUGUUUCAGAGUUGUUGGAGAAAGAACUAAAUAAAGGAUACUUAAUAGGUCCUUUUGACAAUAUUCCCUAUUCCAGGUACCGCAUCAACCCGUUAGGCUUAGCUGAACAUAAAUAUUCGAAGAAAAAGCGUUUAAUUGUUGAUUUAUCCGCUCCACAUCAAGACACAAACAAUCCUAGCCUAAAUAGUCUAAUUGAUAAAUUAACUUGCUCGCUGAAGUAUGUUACAGUAGAUGAUGCUAUACAUCUUAUUAAGCGCUGUGGCCUCGAUGCAUGGCUAAUGAAGACCGAUAUCACUGAUGCCUUCAAGCUGAUACCAAUUGAUCCCGUUUUGUGGCCUUACCACGGCGUCAAGUGGAACAACAAAUAUUAUUUCUUUACGCGCCUCGUAUUUGGAUGUCGUUCAAGCCCAAAAAUUUUCGAUAGCCUUUCUCGGGCAGUUUGUUGGAUAGCUAAGAACAAGUACAAUAUUCGUAACAUUCUUCACUUGCUAGAUGAUUUCAUAGUUAUUGAACCAGCUUAUGUCAAUGCAUCUCUUACUAUGGAACGUUUUAUGUCUAUGUUCAAGGAAUUAGGCAUCCCUGUAGGUGCGCAUAAAACUGUAGGCCCUUGUACAUCACUCGAAUACCUUGGUGUGUCCCUAGACUCUCAUCUGAGGGAAUGUCGUCUUCCACGUGAAAAAGUGGAAAGAAUUAUUGAGUUUUUGGAUUCUUUCAAGAGAAAAAAGUCUUGUACCAAACGCGAGUUGCUCAGCUUGCUAGGUCACAUGAACUUUGCCGGUCGGUGUAUUAGACCGGGGCGUUCUUUUGUCUCUCAUCUCAUAUCGCUUUCUACUACAGUGCGCGAGCUACAUCAUCAUGUGAAAAUCAGCAAUGAGUGUCGAUCAGACCUUUACAUGUGGUCGUUCUUUUUGAAGAAUUGGAAUGGCAAAUCCUUUUUUCUGGAUGAUCAUAUCACAUCAGCAGCUGACCUCCAUCUUUUUACCGAUGCUACAUCUGAAUCUUUCGGGGGAAUCUACCUUAACCAGUGGUUUCAAGGUUUUUUUCCUAGUGAACUUAAAGCCAUGGACACAUCUAUGGCCCUCUUUGAGCUAUACCCUAUUGUUAUGGCUUAUGUGCAAAUUCAGACAGCUAGCACCUCAAGCAGAUGUACUACCAAUUCCAUGUCUGCCUAUGGCCUCAUUGAUGAUGAGCUGAAUACAGCGGUUGAUAGUUUAUGGAACCAUGCCCUUAGUGAGAAGACUCUGGCUACUUACAAGUCCGAAUUGGUGCCGCCACUUCUGCAGCAGCGGCCGGAGUCCAAGACCAUGUUAUUAAAGUCUUGGGACGAUGGUCAUCAGAUUGUUUUAUUCGAGUCUAGUCCUAUCAUUCCUGGCUUCUCUGGCAUCAGCGAGUCAAGUUGCUUCUCUGUUCAUCAGAGUCAAGUGAUUUCUCCUGUUCCGGAGUCAAGCACAGUUCACUUUACUUCGCUUCUCUGA